AUGAUCCUGGUGGAUUCUGGUGUGUUCAUUGGAACAGCAGCCGACCUUAACGACAGUCGGGGUUUGGCAGAAGCAGCCAUUACUCACAUCGUGUCUGUGGACUCCGUAGACCCAGGGCCUCUAUUGCCUGAUGAUUCAGGCUAUUGCAAGAAAUGGAUUAACGUCCUGGAUGAGGUGACAUCGGACCUUCUGAGCCACAUGGAUGACUGCUACUUGUUUAUUCAAGAGGCAGUGGAUGGAGGUGGAGCUGCACUUAUUCAUUGUCAAGCUGGCCGCAGUCGCAGCGCCACCAUUGUGACUGCUUACCUCAUGAAGAGAUACAAGCUGUGCUUUGCUGAGGCUUACCAGAGACUGAAGAGUGUCAAGCAGGAUGUUCAGGUCAACAGUGGUUUUGAGGAACAGCUGUGUCUGUAUGAGGCCUUACAAUGCGAAGUGGACACCAGCCAUCCGCUGUAUAAACAAUACAGACUGACCAAAAUCACUGAGAAAUAUCCUGAGUUGCAGCAGGUUCCCAGAGAGGUAUUUGCAGUUGACCCCGUUCAGUCAAACUCAUCUGAAGCCUCCUAUCGUUGCAGGAAGUGCAGAAGAACCCUAUUUCGCAGCUCCAGUCUCCUCAGUCACCCAGUGGGAGAAGGAGCGUCAGCCUUUGGUCACAAGAAGUCCACUAACCUGACUGAAGGAGUCCGAUGCACAUCAUAUUUCAUUGAGCCAGUGCAGUGGAUGGAACAAGCUUUACUUGGUGUGAUGGACGGACAGCUUCUGUGUCCAAAGUGUCGAUCCAAGCUGGGCUCAUUCAGCUGGUGCGGGGACCAAUGUUCAUGCGGCCGCUGGAUCACGCCUUCCUUUCAGCUUCAUCAAAACCGAGUGGACGAGAUCCGGCACAUUAACAUACAAAGAGAACGCACAACACAAUUCGCAGUCGGAAAUGGAUGA